UUGAAAGAGCACUCCGAAAAUCUCUGGAGCAAGGCAGAUUAUAUAUAUAUAUUCAGAGUCUUUUAGUGGGAUAUCAUGAAGUACUUGCUUACCUACACCUGUUGUUUGCAGCCUUGUGUAUAUAUUGUUCAUUAUCUUUUGUUUCUCUGCGUCUUGGCUUGUGGGUUUUAUAAAGAGAGAUCUGUUAAUUCAGAAUAGUUUCAUAAUGUCUGGUCAGUUGAAGAAACGCAGCCGUGAAGAAGAGUUUCUGCCGGAUUCUCCAAAGCGUUUUCACUGUGAAGCAGAGCUGCAAAUCUUAGACUUGUUGGAAGACAAAAUCCAACAAGAAGAGAAGUACAAACCCAGUGAGGAGAUGGUUAAUGGGGUCAUGAGAAGUCUGGAGAAAGAGAUUGGUGUAAAGAUUUGCUCUGGAUUAACGAAAAACGAUUCUGUGGCCUCUGAUCUCACCAGCAGAUAUGAAAUUGAGGGUGGAGAUUGUGGUAAAAUCGAUCUGGAUUACUUGCUCGCUGCCUCCGAUGAUGAACUUGGUAUUCCGCCCAGCCCGCUUAGGAUUUCAGAGGAGAAACAGUAUCAUUCUACUCUUCUUUCUUCAGAUUUUAAAGAGAAUCUGGAGCCUAAGGGUUUUGUUGAUAACUGGAACUUUAAUGACGAUUGGGUGGACAGCAAGCAGUUCUCAGAGUUUGUGGAUCCUCUUGCCUGGGACGCUUUGACCCCAGGGCCGUCUAUAGAGGGCAACUUUUCCGUGCCGUGGAGAUUGGAAUAUUGAAUUUUAAAAAUUCAAUAUGGAAUUGUAGAUUGUAUUUAUACAUAUGAUGUUGAAUACAUGGUUUCAGCUCUUUUCAA